AUGGUGCCCACCGGCUGCGGAAGGACUAUCCUUAAGGGCCUGUGCGUGUGUGUGCGUCUACACGUGACCACACCUCUGGGGGUCCGGCUCAGGCUCAGGGCCACUCUGUGCCCUCCUCCCCUCCUCGCCAACAGCUACUCCAAGGACUAUGACCCUGAAGACUGGCUGCAAGUGGAUGGGGCCACCGGUCGGGUCCAGACCCAGCGCGUGCUCAGCCCUGCAUCCCCCUUCCUCAAGGACGGCUGGUACAGGGCCAUCAUCCUGGCCCGAGAUGAUGCCUCCCCACCCAGCACGGCCACAGGGACCCUGUCCGUUGAGAUCCUGGAGGUCAACGACCACGCCCCUGAACUGUCCCCACCGUGGGGCAGCCUGUGCAGCAUGCCAGACCAGGGCUCCGGCCUUCUCUUGGGGGCCACGGAUGAGGACCUGCCCCCCCACGGGGCCCCCUUCCACUUCCAGCUGAGCCCCAGGCUCCCAGAGCUGGCCCGGAACUGGAGCCUCAGCCAGGUUAACGUGAGCCACGCGCGCCUGCGGCCGAGGCUCCAGGUCCAGGAGGGGCUGCACCGCCUUAGCCUGCUGCUCCAGGACUCCGGACAGCCGCCCCAGCAGCGCGAGCAGCCCCUGAACGUGAGCGUGUGCCGCUGCGGCCUGGACGGCGCCUGCCUGCCGGGGGCCGCUGCGCUGCGGGCGGGUGGCGCGGGCAUCAGCCUGGGCGCCCUGGUCAUCGUGCUGGCCAGUGUCAUCCUGCUGCUCUUGCUCGCCCUGCUGGUGGCCCUCCUGGCGCGGUGCCGGCAGCAGUCGUGUGACAAGAGGCUUCUGCACGGGCUGCAGGACGACCUUCGGGACAACAUCCUCAACUACGACGAGCAGGGGGGCGGGGAGGAGGACCAGGAUGCCUACGACAUGGACCAGCUGCGCCACCCGGCAGAGCUGGCGGUCCUGGGCGCCCCUCUGGGACGGCCUUCUCUGCGCAGAGACGCCCCGUUCAGCUGGGCGCACCCCCAGGCCCCCCGUGUGCUGCCCACCAGCCCUUCUGACAUCGCUGACUUCAUCAACGAGGGCUUAGCGGCCGUGGACAGUGACCCCACCGUGCCACCCUACGACACAGCGCUCAUCUAUGACUACGAGGGGGACGGUUCUGUGGCGGGGACACUGAGCUCCAUCUUGUCCAGCCUGGACGACGAGGACCAGGACUACAGCUGCCUCUGGGACUGGGGGCCCCGCUUUGCCCGGCUGGCCGACCUGUACGGUCCCCCGUGAAGGCACCAGGGAAGAGGCUUCCGGAUGGGACCUGCACCCCCCCUGCUGAGGGCACGGCCUCCCGGACACACAGGGCACACCGCAGGGGCCUGAGCGGACACGCCGCGCUUGGCUGUGUGUCGAGAUGGACAGAGGGCCCUGCGCCCCGCCCUGGCGCCUUGGCCAGCCCUGUCUCCACCAGGGGAAGUCGGGGUCCAAAGCCUGCGGCGGAUUGGCCAGGAGGCACCCUCUUGCCCCGUCAGUCGCCUCCAGUGGGGUCAGAGGCCCGUUCCCAGCUCUUCUUCCCGCCACGCAGAUCUCAUCUCUGUGUGAAAGGAAGCAGCUCUCCGGCAAACGUGAAUUAAAAACGUGCUCAUGUCUCCCAUGCAUGGUUGGCACGGCGACUUG